GCAUCCGCAACUACUGGGAAGAUCUCAGGAAGCAGGCGAGGCAGCUGGAGAACGAGCUGGACCUGAAGCUGGUCUCCUUCAGCAAGCUCUGUACCAGCAGCCGGGACGGGCGGCGCGACAGGUAUAGCUCUGACACCACUCCUCUCUUAAAUGGGUCGAGCCAGGACAGAAUGUUUGAGACCAUGGCUGUGGAGAUUGAACAGCUUCUGGGAAAGCUUACUGGAAUAAAUGACAAAAUGGCAGAAUAUACAAACAGUGCAGGAGUUCCAUCCCUGAAUGCUGCACUGAUGCACACAUUGCAGCGUCAUAGAGACAUCCUGCAGGAUUAUACUCACGAAUUCCACAAAACCAAAGCAAACUUCUUGGCAAUAAGAGAAAGGGAGAAUCUGUUGGGAUCAGUACGAAAAGAUAUUGAAUCAUAUAAAAGUGGGUCUGGCGUGAACAACAGAAGAACAGAACUAUUCCUGAAGGAACACGAGCACCUUCGGAACUCAGAUCGGCUGAUAGAAGAAACAAUAAGCAUUGCCAUGGCAACGAAAGAAAAUAUGACUUCGCAGAGAGGGAUGUUAAAGUCAAUACAGAGCAAGAUGAAUACCUUGGCUAAUCGGUUCCCAGCAGUGAACAGCCUGAUCCAGAGGAUCAACCUUCGGAAACGACGGGAUUCAUUCAUUUUGGGCAGCAUCAUUGGCAUCUGUACCAUCCUACUGCUGCUCUUUGCCUUCCAUUGAUGGAUGUUCCCCCGUGGACUCUGCUAAACUCAUCACCACAUCCCUCCCCCAGCCAAGGAAAAGUGAGCAGGGGAAGAGAUGGACUUCCAUCAGCCUGCUCCCCCUGGCUGGGACCGUCAGCAUGGUGUCUAGAGUUGAUGAUGAUAGACUGCAACACUGGUUUGGGGUUGAAGCUGCAGUGUUUCUCCUUCCCUGCCAUACAUCUUCCUUUGGUUAAAUUUGGUGGGGGUUU